AUGUCCUUCAAGCUUGCACCGUCUUUCUUGUGCAAGUUUUUUCAUCAUGUGGAUGUCAACCCUCAACGAUCCUCAGACAUCCUCCCUCCCCCCACCUGUGAAGUAAAACAAGGCAUGGACAGAGACUACAGCACUGUAAAGAUAUCAUACAGCAUGCAGAAACUAAGAAAAUUCAAGGAAAUGUCAAAAAAUGCUUGAAUACCAUUUCAGCUCACAUACACAUUAAAGUUAUCAAUAAUUUUCAGAUUUUUUGCAUAAUUUAUCAUUUUUAGAUUUCCAAUGAUCAUUUCCUUUCAUGUUGAUCAUGAGUUUCAGUUUUUUGUAUGUAUCAUUAAUUUGAAGAUUUUUUGUAAUUAUCUCAUUUCAUGUAGAUCGUAAAUGAGUAUAUGAAGAGCCCUGUCUGAGAAUACUUUUUAUUAUUUAUUUACGCAGAGCCAGCCAUAUACUGUAAUAGGCCAUCAUAAAGGUGAUUUCAGUUAAUGUGUGUUCUUAAUUGCCUACUUGUUUUCAGGUUCAUCACACCAACUAUGGUUGACUGCAUCAAGUUAGGCCGUUUUUUGGUCUGUGUUGUUGGCAUUGCUUUGUCAGGUUAUGCUCUUCACGUUGAAUUAUCCCAUGCGCGCAAUAAAGAGUAUAAAGCCCUUUGUGACAUUAAUGAACACAUGAGCUGUUCAAAGGUAUUUUCAUCAAAGUAAGUAAAAUCAACGUUAUAAAACUCAAUUGGAUUCUAAAGAUGACGCCAUACAGUAUCUCCGAAUGUCUAGCCUGUGUGGCUGGUGUUAAAAGGGGAAGGGGAAGGGGGAAUUUUGGCGUGCGAGGCAGAAAGGAAAGGAAGUUCCCCUCCUCCCUCUCCCUCGCGCGUGGUCUCGCGCCCUAAUUCCCUUCCCCUUUCCUUUCGAAUGCCUGCCACGCAGGCUAUGGAAAGUCAGUCACUGUCAACAACAGUCCUAUUCAGGACUACAAUCACCUGGAUGAUCAUAUUCCACCUACUCAUAAGUGACUCUUUGUAAACCAUGAUAGCUAUUCUCCACCUUUCCAGAGUUAAUCUUACGUAAUAAAUAAGGACAUAUCACUUCCAUUGUUUAUUUAAGAGACACUAACAUCUGGGAUCAUCAAAUGCCAAAAUACUGUGUUGAAAGUAGAACUUAACACAUUAUUAAUAGCUUUUGCCCUGUCAAUAGACCCUUCUUUUUUUUUUUUAAGUUUUGAUAGGAAUAACUUGGCGAAAAUCUGUCCACACUUCUGAAAAGAGUACCUUAGUAUUUAUAACUUGCCAAGUUUGAAAGUAAUACAUAAAUAAAGCAAGUGAAGGUAUAGCUCUGCAAAGUCUGUUGCUAAAACUUCGCAACUUCAUGGAGCUAUAUUUUAUCUUCAUUCUUUUUCAACAUAUCACUCUAAGACUUGGCAAUUGGACGAUUUUCAGGCUCUCUUUUCAGUGGUGUUGAUUAAUUUUAAUAAGUGAAAUUGUGUCAAAAGUCAGGAAAACCAUACGGCCAAAUUUUCUAUGUAUGCCCAACUAUGGCCUUGUUAAGGGAAUUCCACACCGUCAGUACUGCAAUAUGACAAAUAAUAAUUAUUCAGGAUAUAAUUAUGGUAUUUUGAUUUUAUCAUUAUUACUGAUUGGAAUAAACAACCUUAUGAAACAUUGUUCAAAUCUGCAAUGUGUGGCUGCCAGUGCGUAUUGAGAUGUAAGGACUAGCAUGUGUUGGCUGUGUGUGAAAAGUGCAUGUAUGGAUAGUUCAUUGUAUAAAAGACAGUUGGCUGUACAAAUGUGGGAUGUCUUGUAAUUUUUUUUUCUUAAAAAGUUUCUACUUUUGUUCUUCACCAGGUAUGGCACUGGCUUUGGUCUAGUUGAGCCGCUGCUUGGAAAAAAGUCUCUUCUCAAUGUGCCUAACAGUAUUUUUGGAAUUGCUUUCUACUCCUUGAUUAUGUUACUAGGUAAGAAGUGCAAAAGAUAGAUUGCACUUUUCACUGGUAAAUCACCUUCCAGUAGCCUUUUAUAUGUUAACAAAACCAUUUCAUUUCAUUUCAUUUCAUGAUUCAUUCCAUAUAUUUCAAAUUAAAGCCAUUUACAUUGUCCAGUGGUUGACAGUUUCUCAUUUUUUUUGUAAAGCUCUGGUCCAUUGAGAAAAAGUCACAGAUUUGAAACCUUGCCAAAAACUAUAGUUGUAGCAUCCAAGCAGUGUUUCUAAUGAGACUAAAAUAAUGCAACAUAUUCAGGUAAUUGUGUCAUCUUGUGAUGAGUUCAAACCUUACCAUUAGCCAUACCUCCUUUUCCUUUUUUUAUCUAUUCAAAAAGGGAGCAACAAAAAUCCUGCAAUUCUGUUUGUAAAAACCCUGCUUGUGUCAUCUAUCUUUUACUUGGUGGGUUUUGUGGCUUGGGUUUGGAUUCAUAACUCUGGGGUCAAUUCAAUAAAACUUUUACAAGUGUAGCCAUUGUUUUUAGACCCUAAAACAAUGAUUACACUUGUAAAGUACACUUGUAAAAGUCUUAUUAAAUUGACCCCUGUAUUUGAACCAUGUGUCACACUGACCCUCCUGGCAAAUACUUAUUGCAAACAAAACAAACAAACAAACAGUUUGUGAAGUGUUUUUUUUGUUUAGUUACUUAAGAAAAUUUUCCUCCAUUUCACCAUCUCAAUACAAUCCUCCUGACGAUCGUAGCUGAAAGUAAAUUAGUACACAGCUUGUCCUUUGCGUAUGCAAGGAGCUCUCAUGUAUUGCUUGCCCAGGGCGACCUCUUGCUCAUGAUUUUGUCAGAGGAUGACUUCCCUGGACCCUUGCCCAUUGGGCAAGUGAGCUUUAAAAGCUUCUCACCCAGCAAGACUUUCUACUCAUCCUGCACUACUGGAUGGGACUUUUUUGGAUCCCUGCAUAUUGUUUUUAAGUUGGUGAACAUUGCUACCAGUAAAUCUAUCAGGGGCACCCAAUGUCAAUUUUCAGAAAAAUAAUCUGUUGGGAGGAUGAUUUCAGAUCUAGAAAUUUUAGAACAUUUAUUGUAAAAUUUCUUGCUUGCCUACCGCUUCUAGGAUUUUCGAACAUCUAAAAAAUGGUAUAAUUGCCCAUUUUUGACGGUUUUUUACCCUAAAAAGGUCACCUAAAAUUUUGGGGAGCCUUUUUUCUGGCUAAAAUUUCAGCGUGAAGAGGUAAGUUAUGAUCCCUAUAAUUUUCGGAUCACUAGACUUUCAGCUAGGAAAUCCGAACAGAUGAAAAUUUUUAGGGAUAAAAAUAUGCCUAUGUCUACCGUUUAAAUACUAAAAUACGAUGAAUAUUGCUAUGUUUAAGUGGUUUUGAACUAUUUUAUCAUUGGGUGCCCCUGAUCUAUCUUUUAUUGUGAGAUUGAUUUACUGGUCUAUUAAUUACAAUGUGAUUGAUUCCUCUCAGGUGUAUCCAGUGGUAAAUUUGCGGCAUGGUUGAUGUUCCUGUUUUCUCUGUUAUCGUGUGUUGGCUCCAUUUACCUGGGUUAUAUCUUGUUUUAUAUCUUGCAUGACACUUGUGUUGUUUGUAUCUCAAUGUAUGUUGUCAAUGCUUUCUUGUUAAUAAUUAACUUACUAAACCUAAAACAGGUGCUUGCAGCAGCUGCUGUCAAGAAGAAAAAGGAAUAA